AUGAGUGGUAUCCCGUCUUUGAAUUCAUCAAUAACAUCAGCAUGGGCAACAUCAUCGUCCACCUCUUCUCAAGUACCUAAAAAACGAGUAAAAAGAUCGAUUGGAUUAAACAAUAAUCCAUCUUCAUCAUCAAAUGCACCUUCUCCAAAUCAAGGAGAAUCAUCGACCACACCUGCGAAUCAAACAGAUACUCAUACACCUACACCAAGCGUUAGAAGGAAAAAACCAAGGAACGAUCCAGAAACAUUAUCUGCUAAAUAUGCACCACCAGAUCUGAAACUAUCAUUGUUAGGUGGAUUACAAGUUCAAAUCACUCAAUUAAUGGAAAUUGUGGUCCUGCCUUUACUGCAUCCUGAAAUAUACCAAUAUACCGGUGUACCUAGACCAAGAGGUGUCCUACUACAUGGUGUUCCAGGUGGUGGUAAAACACAAUUAGUGAAAUGUUUAGCUGGUGAAUUGGGUCUACCUUUUAUCAACAUAUCUGCACCUAGUAUCGUCUCUGGGAUGUCAGGAGAAUCGGAAAAGACACUUCGGGAUACUUUCGAUGAAGCAAAAAAACUAGCCCCAUGUCUAUUAUUCCUAGAUGAAGUAGAUGCAAUCACGCCCAAAAGAGAAACAGCUCAGAGGGAAAUGGAGAGGAGGAUAGUCGCUCAAUUGUUGACUUGUAUGGAUGACUUAGCAAGUUCAGAAGAGCCUGUCGUAAUCAUAGGAGCAACAAACCGACCCGAUUCGCUGGACCCAGCACUGAGAAGAGCAGGUAGAUUCGAUCAUGAGAUAGAGAUGGGUGUGCCCAGUCAAGAAGGUAGAGAAGAAAUCCUUCGAGUACUGUGUUCCAAUCUGCGAUUAUCAGGCGAUGUAGAUUUCCGUUGGCUUGCCAAAUCCACUCCAGGCUAUAUCGGUGCGGAUCUAACAGCUUUGACUACCGAAGCAGGUGUAACAGCUGUGAAACGUAUAUUUGAAGAGAUAGGAUCUGGUGAAAGAACAUUACCUGAACCUGAUGGAAUCGAAAAUAUGAUGAUUAUUGAUGAUCCAAUAUUCUCAACAUUACCUUCUGAUAUCAGAGAAACGCCAAUAGCAAGAUUCCUAAUAUCACAUCCAUCACCACUUACUUCAGAUCAAUUAGAUACGUUAUCGUUAACACCUUCCGAUUUCAUCGAAGCUUUGAAGAUAGUUCAACCUUCAGCUAAAAGAGAAGGUUUCGCUACUAUACCAGAUGUAACAUGGAACGAUAUAGGUGCUCUAAGUACUGUAAGAGACGAAUUGCAUAUGGCUAUAGUACAACCUAUUCGGCAUCCUGAACUCUUCUCAGUCGUCGGUAUAGACGCUCCAAGUGGUGUACUGCUUUGGGGUCCACCAGGUUGUGGUAAAACUCUAUUAGCAAAAGCUGUAGCAAACGAAAGUAGAGCGAACUUCAUCAGUGUCAAAGGUCCUGAAUUAUUGAACAAAUACGUCGGUGAAAGUGAAAAAGCUGUCAGACAAGUAUUUGCAAGAGCAAGAGCUUCUUCACCUUGUGUGAUAUUUUUCGAUGAGUUGGAUGCGCUAGUUCCUAGGCGUGAUGAAUCGAUGUCUGAAUCCUCAGCAAGAGUAGUCAAUACUUUACUCACUGAAUUAGACGGAUUAGAUGCAAGAAAAGCAGUUUAUGUGAUUGGUGCUACCAAUCGACCGGAUAUGAUCGAUCCAGCGAUGGUUAGACCAGGAAGACUUGAUAAACUUCUAUAUGUCGAUCUACCUUCACCUCAUGAAAGGUUCGAAAUCUUGAAAACACAUACGAAGAAAACACCGAUACUGGAAGAUUCAUGGGACACGAUACAGAAAAUCGUGGUAUCAGAUAAAUGUGAUGGAUUCUCGGGAGCAGAUAUAGCUGCUCUUGUCAGAGAAGCUGCAACUUUGGCCUUGAGGAAUGCAUUAGAACAGAUUGGAGCCUUUGAAGUUUCUUUAGAAAACGAUCCUUCCCUAAACCUGAAUGAAAGUGGAGUACCAAUUGAUAAUGGAGCGGAUAAAGUCAAAGUGACUUCUGAACAUUUCGAAUUAGCUUCAAAGAAAACAUUACCCAGUGUAAGUAGAGAACAAAGAUUAAAGUAUGAGAGAAUGAGAGAUAAAUAUGCUGGUCUACCUACUAAAGGUAAAAGAAGUAGAGAAGGUGGAUUAACUAUUGAUGAUCCGAAUGAUAGAGAAAAGAUCAAAAAGGAGAAUCUUAAUGGUGAUGUAGGUAUGAGUGUGGUCUAG